GUUGCCCCUCCCCUCCCCGUUCUAUCUAUUUCCGGGUCAGGCCGGCUUUGCCCCGUCCCCGAGGGGUGAUGUAACCUUGUCAGUCCCGAGGUGAAGAGCGGCGGUUGCCGAGGCCCGGGAUUGGAUUUCUCUGUUUUGGGGAUUUGUCAAAGAUGAACUCAGAUGAUUGCAUGUCUUGGAGUGGAAUUAACUUAUCUCCUCACCUGCACAGUGAAGAAUGCAACCUAGUUAUCAGUCUGCUGAAAGAAUGUCAUAAAGAGCACAGCGUUUUGAAAUUUUUUGGCCACUGCAAUGAUCUUGACCGAGAGAUGCGGAAGUGCUUAAAGAAGGAGUAUCAAGAAAACAGAGCCAAGAGCCGGGCACAUGCUGAAGAAGUGCGGCAGAGGCUCAUUAAUGCUUCAAAACAGUCUGAGAUCUGAGCUGUAUUGCAGCUGGACAGCUAUACAUCAUGUGGACAGAUGGCUAAAAACUAAAGAAACAUGCCAUUUUGUUCUUGGAUAUAAAAAGCAAUGGACUCAAUUGCUAAUGUUUGUAAUAAAAAAUGGCUGAAGUUUAUGCUUAUUGCUGAUAAGAUAUUUUGGCAAGAGAUUUAGCGGACUAUAUCUGAUGUUUCUAGGAUUACCAUAGUAUAAAUAAUAUUUACAUUUGAGGGAAAGCAGGGUUAAAUGAAAUUAAUAAACAUAGUCUGUUGUUGGACGCUUAAAACAAGAUGAGUUAUGAGCUGGGACUUUUAAGUAAAAUAAACUUGCUACACAAUCUUAUUUAAUCUUUUUAAUGUUGUUCAGUUACAGUGUAUGUCUCAAGUGAUUGUUCUCUAUCUUUAAAAAAUAUCAGCUUGAAAAAGUCAAAAGACAAACCAAUCUUCCUGUAAGCAAACUGUUGUUUUAUUCUUUAAUCAGAACCAAUGCAGUGUUGUGCCUAUGUGGGCAUGUCCAUUUGGAUAGCAAACUUGUAUACAGGCAGUCCCUGGGUUACGUACAAGAUAGGGACUGUAGGUUUGUUCUUAAGUUGAAUUUGUAUG